GAAUUGGAAACGUGGGCUCGAAUUCUUCAGCUGAAUUCAAUUUCCACGGAGAUCCUGAAGCAGCCUCGAUUGUUAUCCAGAAAUUGGCUCCACGCUUGAAUCGUGAUUCCAUGGGAAUCCAUGAAAAAGAGGUCGAUUUCAACGCACAUCUACAGUGCGACACCAAACUGGCUUCGUUUUUAAGAGCAGUAACUAGUACAGGUCGUGCGGCAAUGGAGAAGAAUGGCCGUCAGUUUGCGUAUUGCGAUGAAAUCGCGGUAGCUGCGGCGAUUGACCUGGACAAAGUUGCUCGUAAGACUACGCACCUGAGGGCGAACGUCGAACUGUCAGGAACACAUAGCA